CAUUCUAUAGAAGUCGAUGGCAUUGAAUGCUUAGUUAGGGUAUUUUUAUAUAAAUCCCUAGAUCAAGAAUUUCGUGAUGAUAUAUACAUAUGAUAUGCAUACCCCGUACCACCUAACCUUUAGAUGGCUACACGCAAGGCACCGUCAGUUUACUGGGCGAUCACGCUUCUAUUCUUAUCCCUCUCGCUUCUCUGCAGUCUCCUGAUACUCCUUUCUGGGAUCGGCGGGCAUGUCGUCGCAGACUAUCUAACGAUCGAUACGACAGCACUCGAUGUUCCAGCAAAGCUCAGUGGCUCGCAGAUCCUGAAUGACUUGUCCACACUCACUGGCCAAGACUGGGUUGGCUCCGCUGCGACUGCCGAGUCCCUGGGCCUCUCGCAAACCUACAGCCUCAAUCUCCUGACGGCUUGUUCCGAAAGCGACGGCUCGACUACUUGCGGCAAGCCUCAGAUCGGAUUCACAUUCGACCCCAGUUCCGAUCUUGAUCUUCGCAGCACCUCGAUCCAAGGAUUCUCCUCGGCCUACUCCGACCAGAUUCGGGCUUACGGUAAAGUCUCUACGUUCCUCGGAGCUGGGUACAUUCUCGGGGUUAUCUUCAUAGCGUUGUCGUUCAUCCUCGUUGCCGCAUCUCGAUGCUUCCCCAGCGUGACCGUCUUCAGCCAGCUCACUUCAGGGCUGGCCUUCGUCUUCCUCCUCGCGUCUGCUAUCGCUUCCAUCGUCAAGUUUCACCAAUUGAAAGACGCAUUCAACAAUGCUCUUGGCGGCUCCGGAAUCCAGACUCAGACGACCUCCAAGAUGUUUGGUCUUGCAUUCACUGCUGCGAUCUUAGUCUUUCUGGCAUUUAUUCUCACCUUACUUCUUCCGAGGGACAGACGCAACGAGCGAAGCCGAGGAGGCAUCUUCGCCAGCGGCCCGGAUGGCAAGUCCGGCUCAAACCUCCUCACCCGGAUCGCCACGUUCAGGCAACGUAAGUACGUCGCCGUCGAAAAGCAGGGCCCAAUUGCGCCGGGCCGCAGCGUUUCCCCUGGAAGCGAUAGAGCACGCCUCAGGGCAGAAGACGACUUCUCUCACGAGUACCCCAAUGAUUUCGCCAUGGGGCCGAUCAAGAAGCACGGCGGUCAGAACGCGAAUGCGAGGGCUACGUAUGAUCCUCCGGCAAGAACCACAAACGCACCGCAAAUAUCCACGGCUUAUGAUCCGUACUUGUAAUGGUACCUAGUCAACUGGUUGAUUAUAAUGCUACUUAGUGUUCAGGGAGAAGUUUUGAUCGGUAUUGGACACAAAUUCGGCCAGUUACAGCUGAGGUAAAGGACCUGGGUCUCUGAACCUCCUUGUACAACUAAUCGUUUUGGGACGGUGUUUAACAAGGAAAUUAUGGUUACUUAUCAAGAAGCAGGAGUCGCAUUUGACAUAGGCGCCUAGGUAAAGCACAUGGAGUUAUUGUAUUGUUCUGGUUCUUCACAUCUAGACAGCAUUCAAUUGUUUUUUUUACCAACUUCAAAGUUAUCGUAUCAGUGUUUCCUUUUCCAGUAACCAUCUUGUUCAAUCUCUCCUAUUCUCUUUUUCCCUUUCUCUGCAUCUUCAAGCCCUAAACUUUCCUGCAAGCAACUCUUCCCACCCAAACCUAGUACAAGCCGCAAAAAAGAGACAAAGAGCAUCAAAAAGCAAUAGCAUCCCGUCUACUC